GUCUGCCUCAGCUGUUCUCAGUUGCACUGUGUGCCUUGUGCUGUGGGGAUAGGGCAGAGCUGUGCUGAGUGGGGCUGAACUAGUCCAGAGCAGUGUUAAGCAGAGAGCGAGUUGAUAGAAAACCAGAGUGAAAGAGGGAAGAGAGAGAGAGAGAGAGGUAGUCAGUGCAGACUGUGCUUACCAAGCAGACUGGAUUAACAGCUGAAACAAACUGGACCUGUUUUUCUCUCUUUAGCUGAAGGUAGAGACUCAGCGAUUACGUGGAUGGCUAUUCAGACAGAGCUGCAUGCUGGUUAGGUACCAUGACAGGAAACUAUGGCAGUCGUUACCAGACCCUUUCAUUCUUCCUAGCAUUUAGUAAGGUCCUGUCUCCCCUGGAGUUGGACUCUAAUUUUGGCUUUUAACCUUUGGAACAGGAAAGGGCUUUUGAUUUGGUAGGUGACGAGACCUGCUGAGAACCAGUCUGGACUGAAUCACCAGCAUUUAUUCAUAAUCUUUGGACAGGAAAAAAAAUUCCUCCGGUGUUUCUUCUACUACACCAGAUCUGACACUGACCGCACUGGAGGCGUGUAUUUAAAAUACCUCUCUGGCCUCUAUUGCCCUAGGACCAUGGACUCUCUCUGGGGCAGCAUUAUGCUGCUGUGUGGGGUGGUUCUGCUCAGGACAGAGGGCAGCGAACCCCAACAGACCAAGAACAACGUCCCCCGGCUAAAACUCUCCUAUAAAGACAUGCUGGAGUCUAACAACCUUGUGACGUUUGAAGGCCUGGCCAACAGUUCGGCUUACCACACCUUCCUGUUGGACGAGGAGAAAGGAAGACUCGUGGUGGGAGCCAAGGACCACAUCUUCUCUUUUAACCUCCUCAAUGUCAGCAGAGACUAUACACAGAUCCCUUGGCCAGCUUCUCCCACCAGAAGAGAUGAAUGCAAGUGGGCAGGAAAAGAUCUCUCGAGGGAGUGCUCAAAUUUCAUCAAGGUGCUGCAGCCGUUCAACCAGACCCAUCUCUAUGUGUGUGGCACAGGAGCCUUCCACCCUGUGUGUUCCUACCUGGAGGUGGGCAAGAAACCAGAGGACAGCGUGUUCAGACUGGAGCCUCAUGUAGAAAAUGGCAGAGGGAAGAGUCCCUAUGAUCCCAAGUUGCUCACUGCCUCCAUGCUAAUUGAUGGGGAACUAUAUGCUGGGACAUCAGCUGACUUCAUGGGGCGAGACUUUGCCAUCUUUCGCACUCUUGGCAAGCAUCACCCAAUCAGGACGGAGCAACAUGACUCCCGGUGGCUAAAUGACCCCAGGUUUGUGGGUGUUCAUCCAAUUCCAGAGAGUGACAACCCAGAAGAUGACAAAAUCUAUCUGUUCUUCAAAGAGAACGCUAUGGAUGGGGAGCAUGCUGGGAAAGCCACACAUGCUCGUAUUGGACAGCUCUGCAAAAACGACCUGGGAGGUCACAGGAGUCUGGUAAAUAAGUGGACCACCUUCUUAAAGGCUCGACUUAUUUGCUCCGUGCCUGGCAGUAAUGGCAUAGACACACAUUUUGAUGAACUACAGGAUGUUUUUCUCAUGAGCACAAAGGAUCCUAAGAGCCCGAUCAUCUAUGCAGUGUUUACCACUUCCAGCAACAUCUUCAAAGGUUCAGCUGUGUGUAUGUACAGCAUGACAGACAUCAGGAGAGUAUUCCUGGGUCCUUAUGCUCAUAGAGAUGGACCCAACUAUCAGUGGGUGCCCUUCCAAGGACGUGUUCCCUACCCGCGGCCUGGCACAUGCCCAAGCAAGACGUUUGGAGGAUUUGAUACAACUAAGGACCUUCCUGAUGAAGUUGUAACUUUUGCCAGAAGCCACCCAGCUAUGUUCAACCCUGUCUACCCCAUUAACAAUCGACCAAUCAUAGUCAAAACAGAUGUGGACUACCAGUUCACCCAGAUAGUGGUGGAUAAAGUAGAAGCAGAAGAUGGCCAGUAUGACGUCAUGUUCAUAGGGACAGACAUGGGGACAAUACUGAAAGUGGUAUCCAUCCCUAGAGGCUCCUGGCAUGACCUGGAGGAAGUCCUUUUGGAAGAAAUGACUGUCUUCAGAGAGCCAACAUCCAUUACAGCGAUGGAACUUUCAACAAAACAGCAACAACUGUACCUGGGCUCAGACAUUGGUGUGUCCCAAAUGCCUUUGCAUCGUUGUGAGGUUUAUGGGAAGGCCUGUGCUGAAUGUUGCCUGGCCAGGGACCCUUACUGUGCAUGGGAUGGCACCGAGUGCUCCAGAUACUUUCCCAUGGCUAAGAGGAGGACAAGGAGACAAGAUAUCAGGAAUGGAGACCCACUCACACAAUGCUCAGAUCUGCAACACCAUGAUGAAUUAAGUGGGCAGACGACUCUCCUGGAUAAAAAUGUGUAUGGUGUGGAGAACAGCAGCACUUUCCUUGAAUGCAGUCCCAAGUCCCAGAGGGCCCUGACAUAUUGGCAGUAUCAGCGCUCUACUGAUGACCGCAAACAAGAGAUCAAAUCAGAAGAACGUUUCAUCCGCACAGACCAGGGCCUACUUAUUCGCACUCUUUCCAAGAAGGAUUCUGGGAUCUAUCUGUGCCAGGCGGUGGAGCACGGCUUCAUGCAGACGCUUCUGAAGGUCACCUUAGAGGUCAUUGACACCGAACGCCUGGAGGAUCUGCUACAUCGCGAUGGAGAGGUCGCAGCCAGCGUCCCCGCCCAGGACCGUUCUUCACCUCAAGAAUCUCCCAAUCAAAAGCUGUGGUACAGAGACUUCCUGUCUUUGGUCAAUCACCCAAAUUUGAACAGUGUGGACGAGUUCUGUGAGCAGGUAUGGAAACGAGAGAGGAAGCACAGGAGGCAGAAAGCUCACCUGGUGCAGCAAGUACAAAUACAGCAGCAGCAACAGCAGAAGGUUGUGGUGAACCCUCACACCCACAUGCAUGCUCAGGGGCUGGCUGUCAAGUGGAAACACCUGCAAGAGAGGCAGAAGGGACGCAACCGCAGGACCCAUGAACUGGAGAGGGCCCCCCGCAGUGUCUGACCUAUAAAUCUUGACGUUUAACACCCUAACCUGAAACCACACCCAAUUCUCAUUCUGUAACCGCGAUUAACUUACCCACUUAUCUCCAUCAUACUGAGAUACAGACUUCUUCCACAAAGACUGGACAGAGAAGCUAAACUGGAAAAAGGUCAUACUAUCCUGAUCUGCCGGCUGGUGUGUUCUGUGCGUGGGCAUCCAUGUUUACAGUACGCCAGGACAGAGGACUGCAGGAAACAGGAUAUUGUAUCGCGCCAGACCAUUGGAGCAUACUAUCUCAGCUGGCCUCUGUGGCCCAAACACAUUCAAAGGGAUAGUGUCAACCAGCACAAGAAGUGGAUACAUUUACCCACCCUAUAGACAUGACUGACACCAUGUUGAGAUGGCUAUGUCAAUGGCAUUCUCUCAUUUCAUGCUAGUUAGGUGUCUGUAUUAGUGUGAAUCUAAGUAGAUACCCAAAAUACCUGUUAUCUUUUCUACUCCACACAUAUGAAAGAAGAGGAGGUGGGACUGUAUUAAAAAAAGUGUGGAUAGUAAAUGGACUUGGAGUGGAAUUACAAGAACAAAAUAAGUGAAGCUCGCAGGAAGCACAGGAUGGGAUAUUUGGUCAUUUUUUGGUAUUGUAGAUGGUUAGAUCAGUCAACAUGAGAAAUUAAAAUGCCCAUGCACUGCAAGAUACAGUCACCACUUGUCGACAAAUAUAAUUAUGUAGCUGAGAUGUGUAAAUACUGUAUACUAUAACGUAUCCUCAUACUAAAGGGAAUGGCUUGCAGUUGUCGUGUUUAUUUAAGAAAGUCUUUCAAAAGCAGUUUGUACUAGUCUGCGUGUCUACACUCUAGAUAAGCUUCUCAAACAAAGUCAGGUUUUAGUAUUCUGUUUUGUUUACUUUUUUCUGAAUCAUCAGAUUCCUUCCAGUGUCAACAGUCAUAACAAUGACUGUCACUUUUUAGGGAUGUCUGCCAGCUCUAUCAGCUAAAUGCACAAAAUGUCAUGCUGAGUUCUUCCAUGUUCAUUUAAUUUGUAUACCCUUUGUUUCCACUACAUGUGUAUUUAUUGAUAUACAAUUAUGUACAUUGUGAAAAUAUUUUUCGAUACGCUUUUUUUUAAUUAUUUGGUUUGAUUAAUUUGAUCAUUAAUUUACAUCACCAAUCUCUUAAAAUAACUGUAUUAUCACAAAUACUAUAGUAAGACUGGAAGUUAUUUAUCAGUAGUGGUCAUUAUUACAUGCAUCACAUAUCAAAUGCACUAAGCAAUAACACAGUAUCCAUACUGUAUAUUUCUUCCACAUUUAUUGUCUCAUUUCCAUAUUCUUCACAGGCAGCGCAGUGUAAAAACUUCAUUUCACUGCAUGUACCAUAAAAAACUUGAUUGUUAUACAAUGCACACACAAACACAAACCUGGAAUGUAGCUGUGAACCUUAUGUAAAUAUAAAUACUAUGGUCUGUAUGUUUGACGAGUAUGACACUGUGUAUUAGUGCGCGUGAAUACUAUGAUAGUGUUCCUGUUUUGCUAUAGCAAUGAUAUACUAGUCUGUUGUUGUCAAAGUUAUUCUGUUGUUUGCUUAUACAGUACACAAUAUUAAGUAGUUCAAAGAUGUACAUAAUAUUUCUGUUAGGACUCUAAACUACAUAAUUGAUCAUUCCUGGUAGGUACUCAAAACAUAAACAAGACCUAAACAGGAACUCCCUGUGGAUUUAAAUGUCCACAGACCAGUUAGCAACAAUGAACAAUGUGAGUUGAGUAUUGCAACACAUCAGUAUGUCAGAUGACCAUGUCGAGUGAGUGUUUGCAAACCUCAUCUGCUUUUGGAAGCCAUGAUGGACAGAGAUGAGAAACAGUUGGAGACAUCCUUCAGAAGAUGAUUUUAUUCUGACAAGUUAAGUUGAACAACAGAGUUGUGGUACUUUCAGUAGAGAUGGGCACAUGAUAAGAUCAUCAUUAUAAAGAGAGAAUAUAGGGUGCCCCACUGCAUCUGUCUUGGACACACAAUUAAAGUAAGGAAAUGAAGUGCUGCUGCUGCUGCUGCUGCUACUUUUUGGCAUGAUGAUGAUAGUGGUGAUGUAUUGUACUGAUCUAAUAAAUGUCUCUUCAUAAAG